AUGGGAAGAGACAAAGUUUUACAUCAAAAAGAAUGUAGAGCUGAAAAAAAGAAGAAGGAAUACCAGCUUAGAUGUGAACGUGAAGAACAACGAAAAUACACUAAUAGUAGUAGUGAGUUUGUCAGUGACGUGUUGAGAACAAGCACAGACGUCGGCUCAGACAGUAGUUAUAAUAGCGAUAAUAAUUUCUCGAUUCCGAGUAACUACAAUAAACAGAUGCCUAAAAAAGGAAAGGCGCAAAAAAGAAAGAAAGUUCGUGGCACUGGAAGCACAUCUCUAAUCACACCCCAGCUCGCUGCUACGCUUGACAGACCUAAUAUAAGUCAUCCAAAAGCGACUUUUAUAGUCACUGCUAUGCUUCAAAGUCUGAGUCAGAACGUUGACGAUGUCCCACUGAGUCGCUCAUCUCUGCGAAGGGCAAGGCAAAAUGCUCAUGCCGAGCUCUAUACAAAUAUAAAAAAAAAUUCCAAGCUCAAUGGCCUUCCAUAG